UGUUAUACCUCUUAGUCCACGAAUCACCCUCAGGUGACACAGAUCUUCCCUUUUGAGAAUAAAAAAGAAGGAUAGAAAAUGCUGAAUUACCUGCUCAAAAUGGCGAAAGUGUACCACUAGACCAAGAGUGGCACGUGAUCAAACACCAAUGUCAACUAUAAAAAUUUGCACAAUGGCGUUGACAAUCAGUGAUUGUUUCUCAGUGGAAAUUAAUUUUAUCAGUGUUGACGCGAAUUUAGGAGGAAUUUUCAAUUUUUCACCCCCACGACAUUUAACAGCGCUCAGACACUUCAUUUUUCACUGAUUUCACAAAUUUCAAUAAAAAACAAAGAUGGAGCAACGAAGAUCUUUGGAUGCAAAUGGCAUCGAACAACCUUUGCCUAUUCCAAUUCAAUUGUAUCUUUGGUCUCAACUUCGGCCGUUCACUCGAUCAAAACUCGGCAAACUUCACGAGGCUUCAUGUGUGUUCUGUCAACACGCGCCCGGUCAUCAUGAAAUGAAAGAAGCUUGCACGUCUAUGGAGAAGGUGUUUGUCCAAAAUCUACACAAUGAACUCACACCAUCUUUGAGGAAAAUGCUGUCCAGCAUCCCAAGGUGGCGAUUAAUCCAAGCAGCUCUUCCCGUUGUUCUUCAUGCGACUGCAAAUGUCUUGAAUUGCAAAAAAGAUCUACAAAAUUUGGGCGCAAUGGAAACAACUCUGUUGUAUAUUUUGCAUUGGAUUUUGUUAGAUUCGGCCGAAGAAUGUGCAGACCCCAAUGGUGACAUCAAUAAUCCGUUUUAUUAUCUUUUUUCAAUACCAACAAUGACGGUUUUUGUCUAUCUUUUUGCACCAAUGUGCAAUCAUUUAAAGGACAUCGAUUUCAAAUCGAAUCUUCGUUUGGAAAAUGGUUUGAAAAUAUGGAAUGCAAUGUGUGAAUUUCGCCAUCCUGAGGCCUCGUGUUUCACUGCUCACGUUCGUCCAAAACCAAGAGCACUUUGGAGUAAAUCGACAAGAACAACGAAGAAGCAGGAAGUUCAAGAUGACGUCUUUUUUGGAGCUACAGACAGUCCACAGAGUCAAACUGCGAGUAUUUCCGAAUCGAGUUUGGUGCCAUCGGGAAAACUCCAAGACGAUGAAGGCUCAUGGGUUUCGUCGCCAAAAGAUACAGUAUUUCCCGAGACAAUUCCAGAAGAAAGUUCAAGUACAGAAGACGAACAUGUUGUGAUAUUCAGACUUCCAUCACUGAGUGAAUCCGAUAGAAUAAUUGACGGGGUCAAAGAAGUUUCAACCAUCUUCGCAGGCGACGCUAGUAUUUUUCACGUUGCAAUGGGAAGAACGACAAGUUCAAGAUCGACAGUAACAAUAGAGCAAGUCACUGCCAUUUCUGGUUUAGACACUUGUCAACACAUGGACGGAAAAUCAAAAAAAGAGAGCGAAUUCGAUAAAGAAAAAGACGACAGGAGCUACGGUUACGAUGACAUGAGAGAGAAAAUCAUAUUAAAUCAAAGAUUUUCCAGCGAAGGAUCAGGAUCAAAAGGAUCGCAUGUUGAUGUCGAUGUACGUGCAGCAACUUUUCUUGAUGUUUCCGUUUUGAGAUGUCUUUUGGUAGCGCAGUGGCAAGAAGAGGGAAUUUUUUGGGCCCUUCAAUAUUUACUCAACAGAUUGAAAAGAAUCAAUGAACAAAGUUCGGUGCAACAAAUGCCUCGACGUCGUAGUAAUUCUCUUCCAAUUCCGAAAAUUGAGGUCUCUAUUUAUCAAAGUCCUGAGACUAAGAAGAAGGACGACGGAAAGGAAAUUAUUGAAGUUCCCGAUACGCGAGAUAAUUCUGUUCUUGCUGAAAGUAGUCAUACGAGAAGAGCCAGCGAAAAAACGAAGAAACGAAUGAAAAUCGCUGAUUUGAAAGCUUUUGUGGAAACGAAACUUCUCUCGAAAUCAGAAAAGGCCUUGGAAAAAAUUGGCCAGGAAGAAGCAAAACCUCUUCAAGAGUUGGAAUGUCACAGAAGUUUGGACACAGCUGAUGAACUUUUAACAAGACAGGGUUCAACGUAUUCGAAAAUUUUCGAGGCCAAGGACGUCGAUCACAUUCAUUUUCCCACGAAUUUAGUUAAAGGAAAAAGCAUGCCAAGUUUAAGCUGCUUGAUUAACGAGCUGACCGCGGGAGGAUACAUUGGCGAUACAAAGGUCGAAAGGAAGCAGAGUAAUGUCUACAGUCCUUGUUAUUCUGCUCAAAAUCCCAUAAUCACCGUCACUGAACACACGCCAACUCCUUCGCCAGAUUUUACAAAACGACACGGUUCGAUUGACAGUCAAUUAGACGCGAUUGGAAUUCAUGGCUCUCGAUUAGAUUGCGAUAGGAAACCGAGUUUGACCAGAUCGCAAACCGACUCGAAUAUUACCUAUACAGGUGAUGAAAUACCGGAAGCUCCUGGUUCUGCAAAAUUUAUCACUAAAGAGGGCGAUGUAGAUUUCCGAGUCGUUUUACGAGCUGUACAUAACGUUGCACUUCGGGAAACUACGUUUUGCACUCUUCGAGUUUGUGAAUUGAUUUUAAAUUUGGUUGUUGCUCUCAUUGAAGUUGGUGUUUUGAAACAGUGCCUUCGUGAAGAAACCAUGGAAUAUUUCAAUGGUGAUAAAUUCGAUACAGAGAGCAAGAAGCAGGAUUCAAUAAUAAAUGAACCUGGUCCGGGAUAUCCGGAGGAGACGCAAAAUAUACGCAAAGGCUCAGAUCAUAAUAUUCUGAUGAAUUGCGUGAUAAGAGUGAUAAAACAUCUCGGAUGUCCUCAUGGAUGUUCCGAUGGUAUUCGUGGACCACAAGCCGAUCUCUGUCGCUCUCAGGCACAAUCGAUUCUCACGCGACUCCAUAAAGCGAGUCCCAAACAAUUUGCAAAAUUACUACGCAUUCUUAUUCGCGAGAUGCCUAUUAAUGAACUUUUAGAUCUCUUUCACUCUUACGUUGGAUUCUGUCUCGAGCCAAGUUCCCUUCUUUCUCCCCUCAAUCAGAAGAGAGGCUCAAGUAAAUCGCCAGACUCGGUGCCGCAGGGGAGUUAUGCGACGAAUUUUGGUGCGAGCUGCGGAGCCUCGGGUCCAGGGAGUUCUCCGUCGGGAAAUGCGGCGUCCACGACACCGGGAACUUCGACAAACCCUGCCUCGACGUGGGCCACUGCUGGCACUGGAACAACACCUUACAGUAGUUUAGGAGCACCAGCACAUGGCUUCCGGAGCAUUGAGGGACAAAUUAUGGCCUAUAUGUUCAAACCAUUUGUCACACUUUGUGUGCAAAAUAUAAAGAAACUAAAAUCACAGGACAAUAUCACUCUCUAUUGUGACGUUAGACAAUUUAUGACCUACGUCAAGGAGGCGCAUGGCGGAAUAUUUCGUCGAGUUGUACUCAGCGGAAUUUUAGAUUCCUCCGAUUUGCCUAAUAAACGCUGCAAUAGUUACAUUCAAACCACUCGAGUCAUCAGACACAUGCAUCCAUCGGAUUUCGAGGAAAAUGCAGAAGGUGGAGAAGCCUAUGGAGCAGAUGAUAGGAGUACGCGCAAGUUUCUUUUUAAAAAGAGAAGCGCUUCUUCGACUUGCGCGGUAAAUAUGACUCGCAAUUACAAAGGAGAGUUGCUGAGUUUAGUUGAGACAGACGGAAGCGAUGAGAAUCCAAAAACAAGUCAAAGUCCCUUAGGGAAUGUAAGAAAAAAACAUGCUCUCACUCCUCGACAGAGUGAUCGAAAUUUGGAACUAGGCGAACCCUUCUCAAGACCGAAAUCUAGAAAAACAACACGUCAAAAAAUUGGCGGAAUAGUAAAUUGGUUCCGAAAAGAAUAUGGACGAACAGAAUCGACUGAUAGUCAUGACAGUAGCGAAUCUCCAACUGAAAGCAGUUUCGUAAAACAACCGAGUUUGAGACGUCGUGGAAGACAACGGGGAACGUCAAGAACCACCCGAGGCGUGAGCCACACUUUACAGAAAGCGAAACGUCGAAUGGAAAAUCAAUUGAGUAAAAUUGGUUUAGUUAAAGGGAAGAAGAAAGAAAGUAUGGAAGAAACACCAGGCAGUUAUUUUAGUCGGAAAAAUUCUCUGGAAACUGGCGAGGCUUCAAGAGACUCGGAAUAUGUAAUUUUAAAAGAACGACGUCUAGUACCACGAGGUUCAGUUUUCGAUGGAAUGUUGAGAUUUUCUUUUCUAUUGGAUACAUGUCAGCCUGGUUCUGUUCCCGAUCAUCAUUUAAUGGCUGCUCUUCUCGAUUUGCCUUAUGCGCCAAUAGUUGCACGAGCAACAAUGUUUUUGGAGUGUGCACAUUUUGUUCAUCAAUGCAAUAAAGGACAUUGGCCUGUAUGGAUGAAAUUGAAUUUUCCAUUAUUUCGUCCGUCAAUGCCUUUGAAUAAUCGAUCGUCAUCAACUGGUCUCAGACGAACGCAUCUCUUGCAAAGAUCGGCGGGGAAAUUAUUUUACCAAUGGGCUGAAGCGAUUGGAGCACGUUUAGACGAAUUCCUCGUAGAGGACAAAAAAGUAAUGGAAAAUGCGUCAGCUGUUGUUUCAGAUGAAACGAAACAUCGAGAUUUAAUAAUUGAAGAUGAAGAGGAAAAUUUUCUGGACGAUGCGAGUGUUAAUACUUAUGGCUCGUCCUGUCCGGUGUCAUUGAGAAUGGUUGCCUGUAUGCUGCUGCUUGAAAUCACGGCCUUUCUUCGAGAAACUUAUCAAACUUUGCCAAAAUCAAACCGAAUGUCCACAAAAGAAAGACCUCCUCCUUGGGAGAAAAUAUAUAGUCGCGAAGCCAAUCGGCGAUGGAGUAUGGCUUUAUCUUCCAUGGGACAUUCGCAGACUUCGGCUCAAAGUUUACAAUCCAUCGCUGGAGACCGUGAAACUGAAAGAAAAAUCAGUUUCGUUUUACACGAGCCUGACAAUGAAUCAGAAGGUAGCAGUAAAUCGAACGUGACAAUUCAGGGCGAGGAGAUUCAAAACAAUGAGAAAGAGAAAAAUAAACGAAUGCAAGCACCGCAAGGAAGACCAUUUCUUCUACGUCGGGGAACUACCGGAAAUGCAAAUACAGGUUCCUUCAAAAGAAGAAGUCUCAAAUUAAGAAGAAAUACCAAAGAGGGUAAAGACAUAGAAUGUGAGGCCUAUGUAGUGAAACGAGCAGAUUCCAUUCAAUCGAAGAGAAAAGUGAGUUCACUGUCGGAUCGUAGUGACACAUCAGAGCCGGGACUCGGUGGCGAAGUAAGUGGUGAAGAAUCGCCGGGAAUUUUAAGUGACGAUCAACCACCCGAGAGUCCAAGUGACAGUAACGAUACUGAUGAGACAAAUAAAAAUUUCCCCUGGAUGAGAGUUAUGGUACAAACAAUGAAUGUCAUGAAUUUCUAUUGUUCUCAUCAGUAUUUUUGUCAUCCAUUUUGUCAUCGACGACAAAUGAGAGCUUGCAGUCGUUUAAUUCAAUCGGUGAGGAAAAUUUAUGGCGAGAAAUUUGGUGUUUUGAAUGUUAACGAUAUGUUUGAUACGGAAAUGGAGAAGAAGGAGAAUGGAAAAAAGGAGAAACGAAGUAGAAAAAUUUCUGAUCAAACCAGUGGACAGAUUUCACCGAAACGAAAGGAUAGUCUAGGUCGAAAGUAUAAAAUUGAUAAGAAUUUGGAUGGUUCACAAUCGGGGCGUUUGACGGGAGUAACUCGUGAUUCGUCGAAAGAUUUGGCUGAUCAGGAUUCGGAGCGAGGCGCUGAGGCUUCGAAAAUUAUUGGUCCCGAGAUGGAGGAGGAUAAUGAGAUGGAUAAGGAGCCGUCGCCAAUUUUAAAAUAUGUUCAGACACAAGUGAAGAACGCUUUUCAUGCACCACUGGCAACACUUGUGAAAGGCGCUGUUGUGAUGUCGGAUGAUUUAUUCGUUGAUGUACUUCCGGUUGCUUGGGAACUUUUAUUGGAAUCAAAUCAAGAAGUUUGUGCCUCGGCAGCGUCGGUAUUUAUUGUUGCGGCCGUUCGCGCUCCAAACCAGGCGAGUGAAUUGAUGCAUCAGGGACUUCAACAUAAUAAUACAUCGAUACGAAUAAAUUCAAUUUUAAGAUUUCAAGUCUUGUGGAAACUUCGCUAUCAAGUUUGGCCACGUAUGGAGGAGGCUGCUCACGUUACAUUCAAAGUGCCACCGCCUGGAAUUGAAUUCACUCUUCCGUCACCGAAAAUUGGCAUCGAAUCGUUGCCCGUUGUUGAUCCUCCCUGGAUGCCGCAGGUGAAAACAAAGGUCGAGGAAGUUACGAUCAGUCAAGAACGUCAUAGAUCAUUCGUAACGGCGACGAAAACUAGAAAAAAGCAACAAACUGAACUCAUAAAAAGAGCAUUGCAAGCACAGGAUGAUAAGAAAAGGGAGGAAAGGGAAAAUUUUCUUCUCACAACAAUUCCAAUUACUAUUCAAGCUGCUCAUGAACCGAGUCCAGUUGGCGAUGAUCACGAUGAAGGAAACGUUGAUGAGGAUGGUGGCGAUUUAGUUCCUAGAAAUUUAUCUCAUCAUGGACAAUCAGCACUUUCUCUUUUCCCCUCUUCAUUGUGCUCGGCUAUUGUGCAAAUUAUAACUCUUUUGGAUGAUCCUGCAGUGUCAAAUGAUGGAAAUGCUGUUUAUGAAGUUGCUUAUCACGUAAUUUGGAAUUGUCUCGUCGAGGACAGUGCGCUUUUUCUUCGAUACAUUCUCGAACGAUUGACAAGAGAGAAACAGGAACAAAUGUUCAAAUUAUUGAGACACCUUAUCAGAUUUAUUCCGAAACUUCCUCAACAGGCGGCAUUUGCACUUUAUAAUUAUAUAAUUGGUUAUAUAAUGUUUUACGUUCGUUCCCCUCACGAAGAAGGUCAGAAACUAAUUGGCACUGCACUCUCGAUUUUGUGGAUGGUGGUGCACAGUGUUCAUGGAAUAAUGUUCAAAGAUUUAAAGCAAAUUCUCAGAAAAGAACAGUGUGAUGCGUCAAUUCUAUUGACAGCAAAUGUUCCGUCAGCGAAAAAAAUUAUCGUUCACGGUCCUCAAGACCCUGAUGCUGGUGGAAUUCCUUCUCAAUUUCCGGUUCAGGAGGAUACACAAUUUUGUCAAAUUCUUCGAGAAUCUUUAGAUUUCUUUGGAAUUGACGAAAUCAAGCAUAAGGAAUACUUUCUCAUUGAUUACAAAACACAUCAAAUUCACAAUCCUUCGUCCUACGUUCGGGACUAUUAUUUCUUCAAAAGAUCCCAAUAUCCACAAUUAGAAUUGGUCCAUAUGAAGCCGGAGGAUGCUUUCAAUGCUCUUCAGCGUCAAGAAUUAUUGCACAAAUUUGUGGAAGUUGGAAAAGUAAUGCUCACUUGGGCAAUUUUGAAAAAUGUUGACAUGGUUGUUCAGAGAGUUGUUUUUCUACAUGAAGAACUGAUGAAGUUACCAUCAUUUCCCAGAAAGGCUUUGGAGGCUGAUCUUGAUCUUUAUAAAGGAGGAGAAAUGGGAAGAGAACUUCUUGGCUUGGACGUAAUGCACAAAUUCAUGUGGGUGAGAUUAAUCGCUCGAAUGUUUGAAGCAAUGGCGGGAAAUUUUGCAUAUUCGGGUGAUAUUCAUCUAUUUUUGAAUGUACUAAACGGAGCUGUUAUUUUACACAGUCAGGAUUCGUGUAUUUUGCGUUAUGUCGUCGCUACUUACAUUAAUGCGGCAACGAACUUUAAGAAUAUUUUUUCCAUCAAUGGAUAUCUGUUGAUUAUGCCAACUCUUCUGCAACUUUAUUCAACACAUCAGACUAAUAAACUCGUCACGACCACUGUCGAAUAUGCCGUGAAGCAAUUUUAUCUUCUCAAUAGAAAACCCUUUAUUCUUCAAAUGUUUGGAAGUGUCUCGACAAUUCUCGAUACUGACGUCAUGAGUGCCGUUGGCGAUGCUCACAAGGUCCCGUCGACUUGCCUUUUCAAUUUACUUCUCAGUUUAGAGGAUCCUUCUCCAGAUCCGUUGAAUAUAGGAGAGCUCGUGAGGGAAGAAAAACCAUUGAAGGCGAUUGAUUUUUGUUAUCAUGAUGAAGACGAAAAUGUGACAGUUCUCGACUGUAUUUCUCUUUGCGUGAUGGUAAUUGCAUAUUCAGCGGAUUCAAUUCGAGGACAACAGAUGCUGACAAUCCUAGAAGCUAUUCUACCGUGUUAUGUGCAAAAAAUUCAGCAACCAACUUACAAUAGAGAGGGACGAACUGAAAAGGAAGUUAUUAAUCAAUUGGCCAUUGCUGUCAGGACUUUAGUCAACAAUUCCGAAACUCUUACAAAGUAUUAUAAUAGGCCUCAAAAAUUGAGUCCAGAGCAUAAAGGAUCGAGUCAGAGGAAUUAUGGAAAAGGUCCAUAUUCGCCUGGUUUUGAUUUUGAGGAUGAAACGCACGUGAAGUACAUGGAGCACAAUAAAAAUCGAAGUCUCUAUGAACGUGACAUGGACGAUACUGAUAGUUGUCAUAAAAGUGAAUUUCGAAGACCUAGGGACACUUUGUUGAAUAUGGUCGGCGAUUUUGCAGCUCGUUGCACUGCUCGACUUGUGGAUCUUAAUAAAAAAUCACAGGAUGCAAAGACCAUUGAAAUUCUUGACUCCAAAUGUCACGUUCGCUUAGCUGACAUUGCGCACAGUCUUUUGAAAAUUUCGCCCUACGAUCCAGAGACAAUGGCCUGUAAAGGAUUGAAGAGAUACAUGAAUGAUCUUUUACCAUCGACAGAAUGGUCGAGCGAUGAUUUAAGACCGGCUCUAACUUUGAUUCUACGACGUUUGGAUAAAACUUUUAGUAAAAUUUACAAGAAAGCGUCAAUUAGGAGGAAUACUGAUUGGGAUGCCGCGAGUGAUCUAUUAAAAGGAGUUUAUGAAACUUUAUUGAAAUGUCCGUAUAUCGCUCACUUUCAGUAUUUAAAAACUCUCCUAUCCACUUGUCAAGCGAUUAUAAUUGGCGAUAUAACCGGAAUUGAAAUGACUUCCGCAGCAUCCACUGCCUUAAUGUCGAAAAUACCUCCACAACAUUUUUGCUCGACUGUGUUGAGAUUAAUUUCCCUUCAUGUGAUUUCUCUGGGCGAGGGCUAUUCUCUGGAGAAUGCCUGCGGAAGUCAUGGGAUGUUUGCGAAUUACACGAGGACGGAAAAUAUGUUAUUAAAUUUUUUGAUACCGCUAUUUUUACGAGUUGGCACUGGAAGACAAGAUGUACCACAAUUGAGAAUUGUGGACAUUGCUUUUGCUCUGACGGCGGUUUUGAAUACCCUUUGGCCAGCUGGGGCAAGAACAUUGCAAAUUCAUUAUCAAAGUACAAAAGGAGCACCGGAUAUGAGAGCCGGAAGUUUGACUUUCGCCGCUCGAGAUGCUAAGCUUCCUACGAAAAUAUCUAUCACUUUGUACCAAAUUGGAUUUUUAGCUUUGAAAAUAAUAACAAUUUGCUUCGAGAAGGAAUUAACAACAGAGUGGCCGAAAAUUGCACGAACAAUGAGGUUAUUAAAUAAAAGAAAUGAAGCGUCAUUGUAUUUAUGGGACUUUUUGGAAUUUGUCGUAACACAUCGCACACCACUCUACAUUCAAAUGAUGCCGUUUAUCGUGCAAAAAAUUGGCCGAGCUCCAAUAUCCGAGCACGAGCGCAAUAUGCAGAGUAUAAUACGUGAGAAAAUCAACGGCGAUUGGACAUGUGUACCAAAAUCUCGUGGCACUUUACUCGCCGAUCUUAUUCACGAUUUGAAAACAUUGAAGGAACAAAUUGAAAGUCGAAAAAUUGAUGAAAUGCAACCGGAACCAAAGAGAAGUGUAGCGGAAAUGCAUAUUACGAAUGAAGGUGGACCGAGAACUCAGAGGCCUUCGUUGCUAAUUGAUCUUCUCACUGGUGAUCUUGGAUCUAGAACACAUUCAAAUCGUACUCCAGCUGAAACACCGGUUUCUCAAUCGACAGGACAGCACACAGCUGGACAUUCGUCUCAUCAUUCCACUAAUUCGAGUAGUACUACGAAAACUACGCUGGUUGGUCAGUCGGCAAUAAAUGGAGCAACUAAACGAGGUGACGAAAAAUCAAUUUCAAGUGUCAGCGCUGGAUCAACGACUCUUCGGGAUGGAAAUGAUACCGGUCCAUCUGGUGAAGGACAAUCUGAACCAAUCUCAGGAACAGAUAGAACAACUUCUAAGGCGCCAAAACUGCGCUUUGUCUCUUCUGUAGAGUAUAGACAUUCAUCAGGCGAGACUGUGACGAGUCAAUUGAGUCCGAACAGUCCUCCACGAUUGCAACGGAGGACCUUUCGUCUAAAGAAGAGUCGAAGAGCUCACAUUGAGGUCUCUAGAGAACUCAGUUUUCCUCCUCAUUCUCAUCACAGUCUGGACACAAACUUUCAUCUACCGCAUGAUUUUCAAAUUUUACAAACGAAAAUUGAACAAGAAUCAUCACCACCCUCAACACCAACAACAUCCGUCACACCAUCAGCCGAACAAACAGUCAUCAUUCCAUCAGAAACGUCUUCAAUUCGUUCCAGACGAAGCUUCUCGAUGAGGCAGACGGAGGGGGAGAAGAGCAAUUUGUCUGAUCAGCAUAGUGGCAGUCAACAGCAAACUCUUCAGUCCUCCUCUUCAUCUCAAUAUCAUCAUCAUCUUCGUCCACAGUCUGAUGUCUCCUUUGAUGAGGACACAUCGAGUACGUCUGGUUAUCGAGAAUCGUACAAUAUUUCACUUAUGCAAGGACCACCAUUGGCAUCGCCCACCAGCAGCACGGCAACUAAUUACAUGCAAGGAAGCUCUCCCGAUUGUUCCAUUAAUGGAACAUUUAUAACACUUUACAGAAAUAUUCACCUAAUUUUGAAAACAAAAAUAGAAAAAAAUACGUACUGUGAUGACUGUAAUUCAAAAUGGCCUACUCAAGUGACAUUUGAAGAAUUUUUCAACCAAGUAUCGGAUGUGAGUAAAAAAAAGACAAUUACUUUUCAAUUUUCUUUAUUAUAAAAAUUUAUUAAUUUUUCCAUCAAAUGAUAGAAAAACAACAGAAAUUAUAAACAGGAGAAAUAGUUUUAAAAAUUGUAAAAUUUCAUUGAAAAUUAAAUUUAAGAUAAAAAAUCAAAUACACAAAAAAUUUAAUUUUUGUUUUUAAAUAUAAAGUUAAGAAAGAAACAGAGUUUAUCCAAAGUUAUGUUUUAAAAUGAUUAUAUUUAGAAUUAUAGUAUUAAUUUAUAAACAAAAAUAAUGAUGAUGAGAAAACAUUUUCGUCCAAUAUUGUACAUUUUAAUGUACUCCCCGUAUAAUGAAACUAAUUAAUUGUUAUUUUAUUGGUGAAUGUUAAUAAUUUUCUAAAUUUUAAAAGUUUCUAAUAAAUUUUCAAUCAAAUAACAAUUGAUUAUUUAGUACUAUUGUAA